AUGGCUCCUGCCUUCGCGUCCGACCCUGUGUCGCAAGCUGAUACGCCUAUGACUGAUACAAAUGACGACACUGUCCCUUCGGUGCCCGUUGACAGUGCUGACGCCCAAAUGAUGGACUCCGAUACGAAUGCCAACACGACUGCAAGCAGCGUUGCAGGCGACACCGCCGAUGGACGUCGGCGCAGAUCCGAGGCUAACCACCUGAGAAAAAGCAUCCUGGGCAAGAAACAUGGCCGACUGGAUACCACAAAGGAGGACGACUCAAUCCGCCGAUUCCGAUACCUCCUCGGCCUCACUGACCUGUUCCGCCACUUCAUUGAGACGAAUCCAAACCCUCAAAUCAAAGAAAUUAUGGCAGAAAUCGACAGACAAAAUGCGGAGAAGGAGGAGAAGGCUAGGAAAGGAUCUGGACGCUCUGGAGGUGCGGGUGGCGAGCGACGCCGCAGGACUGAACAAGAAGAGGAUGCAGAGCUUCUUCAGGAUGAAAAGCAUGGCGGCGAGACCACUACCAUCUUCCGUGAAUCCCCAGCAUUCAUCCAUGGUGAACUCCGUGAUUAUCAGGUUGCAGGUUUGAAUUGGCUUGUCUCUCUUCAUGAGAAUGGUAUCUCCGGUAUUUUGGCCGAUGAGAUGGGUCUCGGAAAGACGCUACAGACAAUCUCUUUCUUGGGAUACCUCCGAUACAUUUGUGAUAUCAACGGACCUCACUUGGUUGUCGUGCCAAAAUCAACGCUGGAUAACUGGAAACGUGAAUUCGCGCGUUGGACCCCCGACAUCGAUGUCUUGGUCCUCCAAGGCAACAAAGAAGAGCGACAACAGUUGAUCAAUGAACGAUUGCUUGAAGAGGAGUUCGACGUCUGCAUCACCAGUUAUGAAAUGAUCCUCCGCGAGAAGUCACACUUGAAAAAGUUCGCUUGGGAGUACAUCAUCAUCGACGAAGCCCACCGAAUCAAGAAUGAAGAAUCAUCCUUGUCGCAAAUCAUCCGUCUUUUCAACUCUCGCAAUCGGUUGCUGAUCACCGGUACACCUCUCCAGAACAAUCUUCACGAAUUGUGGGCUUUGCUCAACUUCCUUUUGCCCGAUGUUUUUGGUGACUCUGAGGCUUUCGACCAGUGGUUCUCGAAUCAAAAUUCCGACCAGGAUACUGUGGUACAGCAGCUUCACCGUGUCCUCCGUCCUUUCUUGCUUCGACGUGUGAAGAGUGAUGUUGAAAAGAGUUUGCUGCCAAAGAAGGAGCUCAAUUUGUAUGUCGGCAUGUCAGCAAUGCAGAAGAAGUGGUACCAAAAGAUCCUGGAAAAGGAUAUUGAUGCUGUUAACGGUGCCGCUGGGAAGCGCGAGUCCAAGACUCGUCUGUUGAAUAUUGUCAUGCAGCUGCGGAAGUGCUGUAAUCACCCUUACCUCUUUGAGGGAGCUGAGCCAGGUCCUCCGUACACCACUGAUGAGCACCUUAUUUUCAACUCCGGAAAGAUGGUGAUCUUGGACAAACUGCUAAAGCGCAUGAAGGCUGAGGGCAGUCGUGUGCUCAUCUUCUCGCAGAUGAGCCGUGUCUUGGAUAUCCUGGAGGAUUACUGUGUGUUCCGGGACUACAACUACUGUCGUAUUGAUGGUACCACGGCACACGAGGACCGCAUCGCUGCCAUUGACGACUACAACAAGCCUGGAUCUGACAAGUUCGUUUUCCUUCUUACCACCAGAGCGGGUGGUCUAGGUAUCAACUUGACCACCGCCGAUAUUGUGGUUCUCUUUGACAGUGAUUGGAAUCCUCAGGCCGACUUACAGGCUAUGGACCGAGCUCACCGCAUUGGUCAGACCAAGCAAGUUAAGGUUUAUCGAUUUGUUACAGAAGAUGCUAUUGAGGAGAAGGUUCUUGAGCGCGCAGCCCAGAAAUUGCGUUUGGAUCAGCUUGUCAUUCAACAAGGCCGUGCCGGACAACAGGCCAAAAUAAAUUCUAAGGACGAUCUGCUCGGUAUGAUUCAGCAUGGCGCUGCCAACGUGUUCAGCCAGGGCUCUGGUGACGCGGUUGAUGACAUCGAAGACGACAUUGAGGACAUCCUGCGAAAGGGCGAAGAACGAACUGCAGAGCUCAGUAAGAAAUACGAGACUCUCGGUAUUGAUGACCUGCAAAAGUUCUCCUCCGAGAGUGCGUACGAGUGGAAUGGAAAGGAUUUCACCGAGCGCAAAAAGGACAUCGGCAUCAGCUGGAUCAACCCAGCCAAGCGUGAACGCAAGGAGCAAUUCUAUUCGAUCGACCAAUACUACCGCCAGACUUUGUCCACCGGAGGCCGCACAGCGGAUACAAAGCCCAAGGUCCCACGUGCGCCUAAGCAAAUCACUGUCCACGACUGGCAGUUCUUCCCUCCCGGUCUCCAAGAGCUCCAGGAAAAGGAGACCGCAUAUUUCCACAAGGAAAUCGGAUACAAGGCGCAACUACUCGAAGGCCCCGAAGAGGAACUCAGCGAGCGAGAGGCUGAACGGGAUCUUGAACAACAGGAGAUUGACAAUGCUGUUCCGCUAACUGAAGAAGAGCAAGCCGAGAAAGCCGCGAUGUCAGAUGAGGGCUUCGCAACUUGGAACCGCCGUGAUUUCCAGCAGUUCAUCAACGGAUCCGCCAAGUUUGGCCGCACCGACUACGUUGGUAUUGCUACUGAGGUGGACAGCAAAGAGCCGGAUGAGAUUGAAGAAUACGCUGAAGUCUUUUGGCGCCGAUACACCGAGAUCCAAGACUACCCCAAGUACCUACGAGUCAUCGAACAGGGCGAAGAGAAAGUGCGCAAAAUGGACCACCAGCGAAAGAUGCUGCGCAAGAAGCUGGAAAUGUACCGCGUGCCCCUUCAGCAGCUCAAGAUCAACUACACUGUGUCCACCACGAACAAAAAGGUCUACACCGAAGAGGAGGAUCGCUUCUUAUUGGUCAUGUUGGACAAGUAUGGUGUCGAGGGCGAAGACUUGUACGAAAAGAUCCGCGAUGAAAUUCGUGAAUCACCUUUGUUCCGCUUCGACUGGUUCUUCCUCAGCCGUACGCCCGUGGAAGUUGGUCGUCGGUGCACAACUCUGCUGAACACCGUGGCUAAGGAGUUCGAGCCCAACAGCGAUGGCAAGGGCCGUGGCCGUGACCGCGAGGAGGAUGAGGAGAUCGAAGAUGUGGCCCCUGCCAAGAAGAAGGCCAAGAAUGGCGCUCAGAACAAGCAGGUCAAAGCCACCAAGGGCGGAAGCAAGACUGCAUCAACUGCAAGCUCCAGGGCCACUAGUACUGCUGCGACCAAGUCUAAAACUCGUAAGAGAUAA